AUGCAAAAUAAGAAUCCCUCCCAUAGAAACAUAGCUUCCCUUGCUAUUUCAGUUUUAAGAGAGAAAGGUACAAAUGAGAAGCUCCUCACUGAACUAAGUCAGGACCAAGGGUUUCAAAGAUUCUGAAAUGAAUGGCUCGCCCAGAGAUGUCAGAAUGAGCGUAAAACUGCACUACAAUCUGAUCUUGACAAUUUAGCUGUCUUGAAAGAUCAAAAUAAAUCUCAGCACCCUGUAAUCAGUGUGAAAUAAGCUAGAGAAAUUGAGGCUAUUUGAGAAAAGAAUUAACUUUAGAGAUUCCACCUUGCUCUCUACCAUGAUUCGUGAGAAGAAAGUCCAAAUAUAUGGCGGCUAUUCUUUUGAAGAAACUCAAAGGGAACUUGUUGUUGAUAAAACUGAUAAAUAUGCAAUUAAAUUCUGAAAAUCGCUCAGAAAAGAGACUUUUCCUGCUUUUGAAAAUGUAAAUCUAACUCUUCCAGUUAAAAGUUCAAGAGCGGUAAAGAAAUUCCUAACAGAUUCAUUCCCUUCUCAUACAAAAGUGAUCUACCUAGACAACUGCAGAGUCAGGAUAGGAACAAAACAAAGCAAGGUUAGUAGAUAUUUCCCAGAAUUGAUCCGAACUUUACCAAAAGUAACCGAAAAAAUAUAUUUGAAUCAGUUUGAUAUAUCUACAGAACAAUUGAGAACAAUAUUUUCUAGCAGUAGGAAAACGCCUUUCCUUGAGUUCAACACAUGUAGGCUCCACAUUGAGACAAUUCCUGAUCUUACGAGACCUCUUUCUCAAUGCAGAAUCCAGACCUUGAGCUUUGAUUAUUGUGGUCACCCAAGAUUUAGCAAUUGGCAAGAUAAUCAAAUAGAAUUUGAGAACUUAGUCUCAGCUUUAUCUCAAAGCAGUGAUCUUAAGAAAUCACUAAAAGAUAUCAGUUUCCUCGACUCUUGUGUUCCAAAGAAAGAGUUCGAACGAAUCAUCGAGAAAUAUGGCAUUAACCUCAUGGCUGUGUCUCCUCAUCUUGAGUUACCAUAA